CCAGGGAUUAAUAAAGCUGAGUGCACAUGUACUUUAUGAUGGGAGUCAUGGAAAUUUUUUGAGUGUACAUGCCUUUUGAAUUUCAAAAGAACAUAACCUCAAAGAAAACACAAAAGCCGGAAAAAAUUAAUUAAUCUUUGAAAUUGGUUAACUGUUUUUAUUUUAGAUAAUUAAAAAUAUUGAUUCAAUAAGUAUUUCAAUAUGUCUGAUAAUAAAGAUAAUAACAAACCAUCAGAAGAAAUUUUUAAACCACCUGUAAAAAAAACUAUUCCUGAUGAUAGUGGUGCAAUAUAUGGUUUAGAUCUUUAUCCAGAUAGACGAAAAAAUAAACAAACAACUUUUUCUAAGACUAUUUUAAUGCAAGAAGGUAAAGAGGAUCUUAAAAAAUUUAAUUGUGAAAAAAAACUAUACGAUUGUAUUAAAACACAUCCAUUAGUGAAAUUGAUGAUGGGUGCAUUAAAAAGUUCUGGAUGUUCAAUGGAUUUAAGAAGACAUUUUUCAUGUGAAGAAUGUGAUCCUUCGGUUACAGGAGGCUAUGACCCCGAAAUGAAUCAAAUAGUAAUUUGUCAAAACUCAUCAAAAUCGAAAGGAAUGAUUGCAAGUGUAUUAGUACAUGAAAUGAUACAUAUGUUUGAUUACUGUAAAAAUAAUUUAGAUUUCAAGAAUAUUGAUCACGUAGCAUGUACUGAAAUUCGUGCUGCUAAUUUUACAUACUGUAGUUUUCUCAGUGGAUGGUUCGAAGGGGACGCAUCACUUCGAGAUUUUCGGAAAAAACAUAGAGAAUGUGUUAAAAGACGUGCAGCAAUUUCGGUAUUAGCUUCACGUAAAACAACUGAAGAGGAAGCUUUGGCUGCUGUAGAAAGAGUCUUUGAUAAGUGUUAUAACGAUAUGGAACCAAUUGGUAGAAGAAUAAAACGUCGGGAGGAUAUGGAUGUAGCUUUAGCUGAAGCAUCUUUUUAUGGUUAUGAUACAUAAUCUUAUUGAUACAAAUAGUAGAUUGUAUAUACACAUAAAAUUAUAUAGUAAAUCGACUUAAUUUAUAA